GUCAAUUUUUGAAAAUUCUAAAGAAGAAAAAUAUAAAGAGCAAACAAGGAAGGAAGAGAAAACUUUCGUGUGGCAAACGAAUACAGAACAUAUCUCAACAAGACAGACAACGAACACAGAAAAUGAUAAAAAGAUGGAUGAUAGAGACCUCAGACGUAAACAAACCACUGAAAUAACUGAAAUAACUGAAAACAAGGAUAUUUCAUUAAAACACUCAGUAUCAAAGAGUUGGUUUGGAAGUCUUCAAAAUCUGUCAAUGCUAUCGAAGAAACCUGUUUCUGAGUCCCUAAAAACCCCCUGGAGUCCCUGGAAACAUAUCUGGUAUCCUUCAACCCCUAGAGCUCUUUCCCUCACUCCUUGCAAAUCUUUAGAUGUUUUGCAGUGUGAAGAAAUUGUAGCUGAAGAUGAGAAAACAGAAGCAAAUCUGUUCCAGAGAAAUAGAUAUAAAGGAUUCCUAAUCAAAAAUAGGCGAAGAAGAAGAACAAAUAUAUCAAGUUGUCAGAGUAUGUUGGACCUGUCGGAGAGAACUUGGAGCGAUAAUUCGUCCUGCUCCGCGAACCCGUCCUUCAACUGUCAAUCGUCCUGUAUAGGACAGUCUACCUGCUUGAGAACAAUUAGUACGUCCUAUACUGAUACUGAUUUAAGUUACGAACCCACGGCGGGUUCUAUUUUUUUCUCAAAUAUUUGUUCAGACACGUCUACUAUCUCCUGUAAUGAAUUUGCACCGUCUCUGCACACUUCUCAAGAUUAUCAUGGAGAAAUAAAGUAUGAUAAUAAAACUAGCCAGAACGGUAAUCAUGAUCUUUGGGAGACAGAAGACUCUGAAGAACAAGGUAAAAAGUGUGCCGAUAAACAUGGAAAAAAACCUGUAGAAUCCUGUGAAACAGAAACUAGUGCAUUGGUAGAAUCUGGAAAAACAGACAAAUCUGAGAAAAAAGUACCAAGAGAAUCAGAAAACAAAGAAAAAAUUGAAAUCCGAAACACGAGAGAAUUAAACUAUUCUGCACAUUCCUUAGAUCUAUGUACUCCUAGAGAACCCGGAGAUCAAGAAGAUUUCAAAGAAACUGGACAACUCGAGAAAGCUUUUAUAGAACCAAGACUACUAGGCGAACUAAGAGAACCAGUAGAACUUCAAACAUCAGGAAAACAAGAUGAAUCAGGAGAAAAUCAAGGAAAAUUAGGAGAACAUGGAGAUCCAAGAAAAAAUGGAGAACCAAGAGAAACAGAAGAGCCAGCAGCAUUCAAAGAAUCUUUAGAACUUUUCGAGGAACGUGAAGAAGAAGAAAAGUUAAAAGAGCCAGAAACCCCAAGAGCAAAGACAGAAAUAAAACAACAAUUGGAACUGGAAAACCAAGAGGAACCAACAGAACCUUUUAGAAUUGUUAAACCUGUUAAGCCUGGUUCAGGGUUGAGAAGUUUAAACCACUCUGAUAGUUUCGUUCUUAACACUACUCUGCGAAGCUUAGCUAGUCCUCGGAGACGAUUGAUUCUACGUCCUAAAGACGUCAAGGCUAAAAGGCAGAAAUAAAAAUUUGCAAAGGAAUUGAAUUUUUGCCACAAACUCUGGUUUUCUAAUCCCUAUA